UCCAUGGCAUUUGCAGUGGCAUCUGAUGAGGUUUUAGGCACAUUUGUGCCUGUUGCUGUGUAUUGGAUCUACUCAGGAAUCUAUGCGUUGCUCGGCGACUUGGACGAGUACAGAUUGCACAACAAGGCUGAAGAGGACACCAAGAAUGUCGUCUCUAAGUCCACCGUCGUCAAAGGCGUUCUCGUUCAACAGGCUUUUCAGAUUGCGGUUUCCCUUUCUUUGUUCUCCGUUGUUAGCGACGAUAACGGAACAAAGGUGCAACCCAGCUUACUCACGCUCGCCAUCCAGUUCAUGGCUGCCAUGUUUGUGCUCGAUACAUGGCAGUAUUUCAUUCACAGGUACAUGCACAUCAAUAAGUCAUUGUACAAGCACAUUCACUCCAAGCACCACACCCUCGUUGUGCCCUACGCCUAUGGUGCACUGUACAACCACCCUCUAGAGGGUCUUCUCCUAGACACUCUUGGUGGAGCUCUAUCGUUUGUUGUCUCGGGGAUGACUCCUCGCACUGGCAUUUUCUUCUUUUGCUUUGCGACUAUUAAGACUGUCGACGACCAUUGUGGCUUGUGGCUGCCUGGGAACCUAUUACACAUGUUCUUUAGCAACAACAGUGCAUAUCAUGAUGUGCAUCAUCAGCUCUAUGGCACCAAAUUCAAUUUCUCGCAACCCUUCUUCGUUACGUGGGAUAAAAUUUUAGGAACUUACAUGCCCUACUCGCUUGAGAAGAGGAAAGAAGGUGGAUUUGAAGUUCGACCUAUCAAAGUCAAGAGCUAAGCGAAGUGAUUAUUAAUCAGUCUUCAUUUGUUUUGAAUUAUGGUGUGGGAUGAUUCAAAGUUAUGUAGAAUGAUACCUCCUUGAUCUUAAUA